AUGGCUGGGGCUUUCUUAACUCAGCUUGUCACAAUCGAAUUACGGGAAGACGAAAGUUGCAUGAUUUGUAUGGAGGCAUACGGCGCUACCCUUUCCGAGAACAGAGCUGAGCUGCCGAGAAAGCCGUGCAUCACAAUACGGCUUUCCCCGGAGAACAGUAGCCAGAAUUCUUGCCCUUACUGUCGAUGCGAGCUUUUCGUCCUCACCCAAAAAGGGAAAAAUGUCGACGAUGAGGACGAGGAAGAAGAUGAACCUGCGUGGCGCUACCGCCUGUGGCGAAAAGAGUGGGACGUCGUCCAAGGAACACUAAACACACAGGGCAAUACAACCCUCGAAGCGCAAUGGCUACAGUGGCGGAGGGACUGGAACACGGCAGCAACUCGGUUGGAGCAAGGCAGCAUGGAAAGAGCGACGGCGGCACGAAAUUUGCUUCAGACCCAGCUAGGACUGUCGCAAGGGUUCUUCGAUGGACUCGGAACCGAAUGGCCAAUUGCGGAGGUCGCGUUAUCUCUUCAGACCAUGCGCUUCAGGGAAUGCCGCCUUUACAACCAGUUCGCCGCUGGUUCUUCUCAGUACUUGCAAACUCCGCCUGACCGGUCGAUUUCGAAGAAUCAGGAAAGAUAG